GAGACAGUUUGGCUCUCUUUGCGCCCCCCUUGGAGAUGGGUCGGAAACGGAAGGCCUCCAAAGCCCUGGAUGGGGAACCCAGCGAUGGAGGGGCGGAGUUGGAGCUACGCUGGGAGUGGGAGGCCUCCGACGGCAGGUGGCAGCAGUUCCCACCGGAGCAGAGUGAGGCCCUCAGCCAGGCGGCCAGGGCAGGAAAGCUUUCUGUGGACCUCGGCGAGUCCUCCGUCGACCUAUGUGGGAUGGUGCAGCGGAAGAAGCAGACGGGGCAGGAGACACACGUGGCUGCAGCAGUCCGGGCACAGGACUCUUAUUUUGUGUGGCAGUGGCAAGGGGACCAAGAAGGGGAUUGGCUUCCGUACCCGGCCAAUACCUGCCUGGCCUUGCAGGCAGCCAAGAACGGCCACGGGGAGCCCACGGUGGAAAUGAUGGCUGGCCGGACCCGCUACAAGCUGGACACGACCCGCAUGGCGCAGAUCAACACCCGUACCGGAUUUGAACGCGAGAUGGAAUGCCGGCCGUCUGAUGCCGCUGUGCCCGAGGAAGGAAGAUCUCAAGGCGGCGACAGCGUCUCCGAUCCCAGAGGCCCUGCGGCCACAAAGAAGGCCCGGAACGGAGCAGAGGCGGCAGCAUCUCCGGGAGAGGGGGAUGGCAAGGGAGAGGCUGUGAAGACGUUGAUCGUGAAGGGGAAAGCUCCUGUGGACCCAGAAUGCACUGCAAAGAUAGACAAAGCUCACGUUUAUUGUGAGGGAGAGGACGUUUACGAUGUGAUGUUAAAUCAGACAAAUCUUCAGUUCAACAACAACAAGUACUACCUCAUCCAGUUGUUGGAGGACGAUGGAGCACGAAGCUACAGUGUCUGGAUGCGCUGGGGGCGCGUGGGUAAACCGGGUCAGCACACCCUCGUGAGUUGCGCUGGAGACUUGAGUAAGGCCAAAGCCGUUUUCACCAAGAAAUUCUUGGAUAAAACUAAGAAUGAGUGGGCCAAGCGGGGUAACUUCCAGAAGGUUCCGGGCAAAUACGACCUUCUCCACAUGGACUAUGAAGCCCAUGAUGCAGGUGAAGAGGAAGCCACUUCGCAGAAGACAAUCUCGUCUCCCAAGCCAGCAUCACAGCUGGAUCCACGGGUGCAGGCCUUGGUGGAACUGAUCUGCAGCAUCCGCACCAUGGAAGAGAUGGUUGUGGAGAUGAAGUAUGACACCAAGAAGGCCCCUCUAGGAAAGCUGACAGCUGAACAGAUCCGGGCCGGUUACCAGUCGCUGCAAAAGGUGGAGGCCUGUCUGAAGAGGAAGCAGACUGGCCGCGCCCUGCUGGAGGCCUGCAACGAGUUCUACACUCGGAUCCCCCACGAUUUUGGGCUGAAGACUCCCCCAUUGAUAAAGUCAGAAGAGGAGUUGCAAGAGAAAGCGCAGCUCUUAGAGGCCCUGGGCGAGAUCCGCAUCGCCAUCAAGCUGGUGCAGUCAGAGCAACUGGCCCUGGAGCACCCGCUGGACCGGAGCUACCGCGGACUGAGCUGCCAACUGCAGCCCUUGGAGAGGGAUACCCCGGACUUCCAGGUAUUAGAGCGAUACCUGCUGUCCACCCAUGCCCCGACCCACAUGGAUUACACAAUGACCCUCCUGGAGGCCUUCGUGCUGGACAAGGGCAGUUCCGCCUUCCGCUCUGACCUGCCCAACCGGAUGCUGCUGUGGCACGGAUCCCGCCUGGGAAACUGGGCCGGGAUUUUGAGCCAGGGGUUGCGAGUGGCACCACCCGAGGCUCCCGUCACAGGCUACAUGUUUGGGAAAGGGAUCUAUUUUGCUGACAUGUCCUCUAAGAGCGCCAAUUACUGUUUCGCCACCCGUGAGAGAGACAUUGGCCUACUCUUGCUUUCAGAGGUGGCUCUGGGCGAAUGCAACGAACUGCUGGAGGCAAAUCCCGAAGCCGUGAAUUUGCCGCCCCACAAGCACAGCACCAAAGGGCUCGGCAAGCUGGCCCCGGCCAACAGCACCACUCUGCAUGAGGCUGUUGUUCCUAUGGGUCCAGUCGGGGAGACAGGUGUGGUAAACCCCCACGGCUACACCCUGAACUACAAUGAAUUCAUCGUCUAUGACCCGCAGCAGGUGCGGAUGAGGUAUCUCCUCAAGGUGCACUUCAAUUUUACUCAGCUCUGGUGAGAGCGGGCAGGUGAAGACUGACGGAAGGAAGACAGAUUCUUUUCCCGCCUUUUUGAGUGCCUUCAGCUAGAGGGAGACUUAAAAGGAUCAACCCCUUGCUGCUGAUUGACGUUCCUCUGACACAGUCCAAGAGAGCACCUGAAGUCCUCUUUGGGGGGAAAGGCGGGUUAAAAAUGCCACAAACAGAAGUCCUUGCUGCUUCAGUGAAACGUGACCCAAGAUGCCAGACUCGGAAGUGGACUGCUGCGACCACCUGUGGCUGUCAGAAAUGGGCUCCGUGGUGUGUGUGUGUGAGGGCGGAGCAGGAGACAUAUUUCAAAAAGAUUGGAAAGGUCUUCUCUUUUACUCCUGCUUGUUAUUAUUUUAAAAACUGGUUAAAAUAAAAAGUGUUGGUACUGAUAAGGUU